UGUGUCAGUAGGAAAUGUUCUGAGCAAGUGUGCGGACGAUUUUCUUUGCUCUUCUCACUCGUGUUAAAGCUUGCAAAUUCAUUACAGACGAGAUCUCGUAGUGCAAAUAUUUUUCGAAAUUAUUUUUUUUUGCAAAAAAAAGCCAUUUUGAUCUCUACUACUCGUAGAGGUAGUACCAUUUGAAAAAUAAUUUUGCCCCGUACAAACAAAAUAAUAUAACAAUUGCAAAAAUUAAACUGAGGUGAUCGAUCCAUGGAUCGAUAAACGUUAAAUACUUACAAUAAUUAAUUGAUUGAAUAAAUCAGUUUAUUAAUGCUUGUUAAAAAGAGUGAAGGUGUGAGAUGGUGAAGUCUCGAGCUUUUCUGUAACGGAGGAUUUAACUAUAAUAACUUAACGUGUCAGUGUGCUGGGUUAUUAACCGAGGAAGAAAAAAAUGAGAAUAAUUACCUCAUGGAUUUCGUAUGAAAAAGUGACUUGUAAAUAAAGUGCAAAGUACAAUACACGGAUUUUUGGGGGAUUUCGUACUAAUUAUUUUCCGCUAAAUUUUCCACAAACUCAAACACUUAUCCAAGAUGGAUAUGUGGGAUAAGAUUUGGGCUUCUCAAACCAAAAACGUGACGGAUUUACCGUCUCCAUCCUCAUCCCCGGCCCCCUCGCCAGGCUCGAUUAAAGCUCAGAUCGAGAUCAUUCCGUGCAAGGUUUGUGGGGACAAGUCGAGCGGUGUCCACUACGGCGUCAUAACUUGUGAAGGAUGCAAAGGUUUCUUUCGAAGGAGUCAGUCCUCCGUGGUCAACUACCAGUGCCCCCGGUCUAAAAACUGCGUGGUUGACAGGGUCAACAGGAAUCGGUGCCAGUACUGCCGGCUGCAAAAAUGCCUUCGCUUAGGAAUGUCAAGAGACGCCGUAAAGUUUGGACGGAUGUCGAAGAAGCAGCGGGAGAAAGUGGAGGAUGAGGUUCGAUACCACAGGGCGCAGAUGAAGGUGGCGCCCGGCAGUGUGGAGGCAGCGCCCGACUCGUCCGGAUUCGACCACUCCAUUCCUUCCUCCUCCGAUCAAAAUCUACCCUACAACCCUCACCCCACAACGUACAACCCUUACAGCGAUUAUACCCCGAAUGGAUGGGCAAGCAGUGGAAGCGGCCUAGGAGGCUACGACAUGGGAGACACGUCUCCUUUUGUCGAUUCUACGACAAGUAGUGGGACCUGUUUUGAGCCACGGUCCAACUCUACCGAACUCCCCGACUCACAGAAUAUGCCCCUCAUUAACACCUCGACGCUACCCAGCGCAUCCAUCCCAGCAGAUUCUGUACAGAUCUCGGAACUCCUAGCCAGAACCAUUACCGAUGCCCACACGAGAACAUGCCUCUAUUCCAAUGAUCAAGUGUCAGAGAUGCUCCGCCGUCCCCAGGACAUUUCAAAGGUGUUAUACUACAAAGAUCUAAGCCAUGAGGACCUAUGGCUUGAAGCAGCUACGAGGCUCACUGCUGUGGUCCAACAAAUAAUCGAGUUUGCAAAGAUGGUGCCCGGCUUUAUGAAGUUGCCCCAAGACGAUCAGAUUGUUCUAUUGAAGGCAGGUGCUUUCGAGCUGGUCGUUCUUCGCAUUACGCGGCAUUUUGACCCGACGACCAACUCCGUCCUGUUUGGAGAAACGUUAUUGCCUCCAGAAGCCUUCCUCACGGCAGAUACCACCGAGAUGAAGCUCGUCUCCUCCAUUUUUGACGUGGUUCGAGCAGUUGCAGAACUCAAAUUGACGGAUCAAAUGCUCGCCCUCUAUUCUGCCUUCGUACUCCUCUCGCCCGACCGACCAGGCCUAAAAGGAACGGGGGAAAUCAGUCGGCUUAACGGUGCAGUGCUCAGAAGCCUUCGCUAUGAAUCUGCAAAAACACAUCGUCAUCCCAUCAAAGGCGAUGUGACCGUGGUGGACGCCUUGUUAGCACGUGUACCUCAGCUAAGGGAAUUGGGACUUCUACAUUUAGAAGCUUUAGGAAGAUUAAAGCGAAUGUCCCCACACUUAGAGUUCCCAGCAUUGCACAAAGAAUUAUUCGCUGUGGACACAUAAUGAUUCGUAAGUUUUUAGAAGGUCGACUUCCGUUGAUGUACGUUCUGGAGAAAGAGGAGCAUGGAGAAAGUCGAGUUGUCUGGAAUUGAAGUAGCUGUGCCUAUUAUGUCUCUUCUGCUACAUAAGUCUAUAAAUUUCAUCCUAGGAAUACUACAAAACAGAAUGGAAUACGUUGAUCAAGAAUAAUAAUUAUGGAUAAAAACUAUUAAGGAUUUCUGCCAUUAACUGGUGCUAUUAAUUAAUUAUCUAUUAUGUGUAAUUCAAUUUCAAAACUUUUCAAAAAAUAUUGUACACACACUUUUUGCAUUUCUUGAAAUCAGGUUUGGAUGAGAAGAAGAGAAAAAAAUGUUACUUUCUCCAAAUUAAGGAUACAAAUAUCGUCCAUUUUCACUUCAAAUAGUCGUACCUGCUUUCUCCAAUACAAAGAAAAGGUUUCUGUUAAAAUAUAUUGGACCAAAUAAUUUCUUUCUUGUUAUGACAUACAUACAACCAGUUGCAGAGUUAUUUAUAUCGCACGUCCCGAUUUCUUCAGAAAGAAAGUCAUGAUUUGCCAUUGUUCAGGAGAAAAAAUUAGUGAGUGAAAGCAGACCUACGUGAAACAAACUUUCACCCAAUUUAUAUAAAUACAUACAGAAAAAAUCUCUUUUACAAAAAAAAUACGAGAAUGACUGAGAGUGAUAUGUGCUGGUGUUUUCACAUUAUUAUUGUCAUACAAAAUAUUAGGUACUUACAUAUAAAUAAAAUAGUUUAAAUGGUACUUAAAAAUUUUACGAAACUCACAAAUUAGCAUAAUAGAAUAACAGAAAAAAUAGAAAAAGUAAGAAAAUAUUACCACAAUUAAUCAAUCUAUUACUAAAUAAGUAUGUCAGACGUGCUAUCAGAAAUAACUACACAAUAAUAUACAUACAGCAAACGUGUGUUCCUUUUUUCUAUUGUAAAACAAAAUAAUUUAUAUGCAAUCUAAUUCAAUUAUUACGUAACCGUAUGUGUAAAUAAAAAAAAAUAUGGAAACUUUAUUCAAGCAGGACUCGUCUAUUAUAUGUCAUACGUAACAUAUUUAUACAGAAAAAAACUUUACAAAGCUUUUCAUUUGACACCAACGCUUGUUUGUGAUAUUGUUAAGAAUGGUUAAAGUUUUUAAAGUUUUAUAUUAAAGAUAAUUAAUUUGUAGAGUGAGAGCGAGAAAAAUGGUAUGUAUGAAAAAAUGUUUGACGUAAAAAACGGAUGGCUUAUAAAGAAGGUGGAUAUCGUAGCUUUAUGUACGUAUUGUAAACUUUUGUGUACGUUGGAAUCUGCCACUACUAGAUUUUAAGUAAUAUAAGUAAGGCUUUGUUACUAAAUUAUUAUGUAUCUGCUACCAACACUUUUCACACUAACAAAAUUUAAGCAAAGUUAAACAGUAGUUUUAAUAAGAGACGGUGGUAUCUGAUAAGUACGAGUUAUUAUAAAACGGGAAGGCUAUGCGGUGUAUGUAUGUGCGUUCGAUGCAAUGUGUUUUGCAUAACAAACAAAUUAUAUUGCAUUGUUACGCUAUCCUGAUGAUUAAAGUUUGCAAUGAUAAAUAUGUAUGAUGAUGAUGUUAUCCGCUCGGUACAAAUUUGUUAGAAACGUUUAAUAAAAAUGUGAUUUCCGAAA